AUAAAUACAGGGAAAGUUAUUUUUUCAGUGAUACCCCAUUCAGUGCUAUACUUACUUUUGUAGUUAGAUCAAAGUGAUUGUAAAUGUAAAUAGAUCAGCAUAGAUACAAUUUUUUCAUUAGUUUGGGGAAUCAGAUUGUUUUGCUAAUUAUUGUAUGAAAAUUUCAGGAACAGAUGAAAAGGCUAUAAUUAAUAUAUUAGCCAGACGUGUUAAUGCACAACGACAGCAAAUUGCUUUGCAUUUCAAAACACAAUUUGGAAAGGACUUAAUUCAUGAUCUCAAGAGUGAGUUAAGUGGGAAGCUUGAAGAUGUAAUUUUGGCUCUUAUGACUCCUUUGCCAGUCUAUUUAGCUUCAGAAUUACACCGAGCUAUUUCUGGAGUUGGCACAAAUGAAGACACUCUGAUUGAGAUCCUUUGUACAAGAAACAAUCAUGAUAUUCAAGAGAUAACAGAAGCAUACAAGAAAAUAUAUGGUAAUUCUUUGGAGAAUGAUUUGAUUGGAGACACUUCAGGACCUUUGAGACGUCUUCUGGUUUCCUUGUCCACAGGUGCAAGAGAUGAAGGUCCUGCAGAUCCAGCUAAAGCUAAAGAAGAUGCUCUGAAUCUUUAUCAAGCUGGAGUUGGUCAGUGGGGAACGGAUGACUCAACUUUCAAUGCCAUUAUGGCUUCUCGAAGCUAUGCCCACCUAUAUCUUGUGUUUCAUGAGUACCACCAAAUUGCUGGACAUACUGUGCCUCAUGCUAUAGAAAAAGAAUUUUCUGGAGACAUCAGAACUGGAUUUUUGACCAUAGCACGUUGCAUGCAGAAUAAAGCUGCAUAUUUUGCAGAGAAACUUCACAAAAGUAUGCAAGGUAUGGGAACUGAUGAUUGUGCACUAAUUCGACUUGUCACAAGUCGCUGUGAAAUUGAUAUGGUACAGAUCAAGCAGGAGUAUCAACAGUUGUUUGGAAAACCUUUGGAGAAAGCCAUUUCAGAGGACACUUCUGGAGAUUACAAGCGAAUCCUGGUUGCACUUGUAGGAGGAGCCUAACUGCUAUGGCCAACUCUUUAUGAAACAUGCAACACAGAUAAUUUACCUACGUUCUUAAAACUUUGUUUUUUUACUUUGUUAUCCUAAAUGUAUGGAACCUGAGAGUAUCACUUUUAUUUAUAAUGUUUCUAAUAUUUCAAAGUUUGUUUUAUGUAUGUAAACUUGU